UUUUAUUUUUAUUUUUGUGUGGAUGCAGUGGCUUUCUUCUCUUCUCUGCUUCCUUUCCCUGACAAUCUCGUUUUCACUUCCUCUUCAUCUCUGAGAGACCCAAAAUCUGCUUCUUCUGCUUCUCAUUUCCCCAAAACCAUUCACUCUCUCUUGAUUCAUCAAAAAGCUGCUUUUUUUCUUCUUCCUUUUCUCUUAGCUUCUAAUUCAGAUUCAAUUCGCCUCUCUUUUUUUUCUUCAUUUUUUUUGUCUUUUGUUAAUUUUUUUUUGGUGUCAUUGUGUUUGUAAAGAGAAUUUUAUUUUAUUUUAUGUGUACAAUUGAUGUAAAGUUUUCAGCUUUGAAUUGUACUUCUUGUGGGGUGUGUGUAUUCUGGAGCUUGUGUUUGAUGUAAAGUUUUGGAGGAGUUUUGCUUGUUGUACUUGUUUUUGUGUGUUGAAGAGCGAAGAGCUUCUGUUUGAUCAAAACAGAAGCUCUUUGUUGGUGUUUUUGUUUUUGGAAUUUUCUUCUGGUGAUCUCGUUGGAAAACCCGAGCUUUCCGAGGCUCGGGAUCUGAAUUGUGAAGAUGGAUUCAAAUUCAACAAAGGAGAAGCUUCAGAACAGUGUUGCUGUUGUUGCAGAUAGAGCUGACCUUAAGUCUUGCUAUAUGCAGAAGUUCAGGCUCUAUGAGACUCGCUCGAAAUUUUACAUGAUUGGAAGAGACAAAAACAGAACAUGUUGGAGGGUCUUAAAGAUUGACAGAUUGGAGCCAUCUGAAUUGAAUAUCGUUGAAGAUUCAACAUUAUACUCAGAAAUUGAGUGUUGUGACCUUCUGAGGCGGAUACAUGAAGGAAACAAGUCAACAGGGGGGCUUAAAUUUGUAACAACUUGCUAUGGAAUCAUCGGGUUUAUCAAAUUUCUUGAGCCAUAUUACAUGCUGCUUAUAACAAAACGAAGAAAGAUCGGCACAAUCUGUGGGCACACUAUAUAUGCUAUCACAAAGAGCGAAAUGGUCCCAAUUCCUCAUGCUACUGUGCGAUCCAAAAUGGCUUAUUCUAAGGAUGAGAACAGAUACAAGAAGCUUCUAUGCAGUGUGGAUCUUACGAAGGACUUCUUUUUCAGCUACUCCUACAAUGUCAUGCUUAGUCUUCAACGGAACUUAUCUGAUCAUAAUACUGCAGGACAAUCACUUUAUGAAACCCUUUUUGUUUGGAAUGAGUUCUUAACUCGUGGAAUCAGGAAUAGUCUCCAGAAUACUUCCUGGACUAUAGCCUUAGUGUAUGGCUUUUUUAAACAGAUCAAACUUUUUAUAUCUGACAAUGAGUUCAACCUGACUAUCAUUGCUAGGCGCUCACGGCAUUAUGCUGGGACCAGAUAUUUGAAACGAGGAGUGAAUGAAAAGGGUAGAGUAGCCAAUGAUGUUGAGACAGAGCAGAUCAUCUUUACAGAUGCUCGUGAUGGACGCCCAAUGCAAAUCAGUUCUGUGGUGCAGAUCCGGGGUUCAAUCCCUCUGUUCUGGUCUCAGGAAACCUCUAGAUUGAAUAUAAAACCUGACAUUAUAUUAUCAAGGAAGGACUCAAAUUUUGAAGCCACAAGACUUCAUUUUGAAAAUCUUGUCAAGAGAUAUGGACAUCCAAUUAUUAUACUGAACUUGAUAAAGACACGUGAGAAGAAGCCUCGAGAAACUAUUCUGCGAGCCGAGUUUGCGAAUGCUGUUAGGUCUCUUAAUAAAAAUUUGAAAGGGGAAAAUCGCCUGAGGUUCCUUCAUUGGGAUCUGCAUAGGCAUUCAAGAUGCAGCAAGGCUACUAAUGUGUUGGGACAACUGGGAAAAGUGGCAGCAUAUGCACUGAAGCUGACUGGCAUCUUCUACUGUCCAGUGACAUCAAAUGUGAGGCUAGAUGGAUUUUCACAGUAUUCCUACUCUGAGAAUUACAUUGUCACUGAUCACUGCAUCACAGAUCAAGCUAGUAUAAACAAGGAUAAUGUUGAUAAAGAAACAGAAAUUAUCAAUUGUUACUAUAGUGGUGAUGAGAACAAAGAUUACAGUGUCAAACCCCAGAUGCUUCAAUCCGGGGUCUUGAGGACUAAUUGUAUAGACUGCUUAGAUCGAACCAAUGUUGCUCAAUAUGCUUAUGGACUAGCUGCACUUGGAUAUCAGCUACAAGCUUUAGGAUUUACUGAAACCCCGAAUAUUGAUCUUGAUAACCCUUUGGCCAAGGAAUUAAUGGAAGUCUAUGAGUCCAUGGGCGACACAUUAGCCUUUCAAUAUGGGGGUUCUGCGGCACACAAUAAGAUAUUUUCUGAGAGAAGAGGUCAAUGGAAGGCAGCAGCCCAAUCCCAGGAAUUUAUUCGAACACUACAGCGUUAUUACAACAACACAUAUUUAGAUGGUGAUAAGCAAAAAGCAAUUAACUUACUCUUGGGGCAUUUUCAGCCCCAACAGGGAAAACCAGCACUAUGGGAGCUAGAUUCAGAUCAGCAUUACACUGUCAAGAAACAUGGCCUGUAUUUAGCCGAUGACAGCAUUAGGUCAACUAUUAAAAGAUCGCUAUCAGAUGGUAACAUUCUCAGUGAAAGUGACACUACAAUUAGGAACUUGAAUGUUACAAAUGGUCAGAACUCGUCUGAAAAACCUGAUAAGCGUUUCCUUUCGGGGUCUACUCCAGAUAUCUUUACCUGUGGAAGUGAUAUUUGUCAUUGCAGGCAGAUAUAUGUCAAGGGCCAAAUUUGUGAGAGUGAUCAUAUUUGUUAUGAUGAACAUGGAGAUGCAUGUGACUGCUCCAAUUUCCUUGAUGUGGACUGGCUUUCUUCUUCUGGAAAUUCUUGUGAAGAGGAAUUACUUGAAAGGUCAACCAGCAUCUCCUCAGAGAAUAUUGCGAAUGAACUAAUAACUACUGAGACAUCUGCAAGUGAAUCUGGAUCCAGCAUUAAGGGAAGGCCGAGUGGAGAAGAACUCAACAAAGAUAGCAAAUACAGCGAAAGCUUUGAACGUUGGAUAACUGAAGGGGAGAUGCUUUUUGUUUGAGGCAGUUUAAUGCUCGACUUUUAUCAUCACAUCCGAAGGAUGUGAAGGUGGAGGACGGUUCCUGACUUGCUGUACAGAAAUAAAUGGUAAGAUAUCAUCCAAAAGCAAAUAGGAGUGGCAGCAGCUGAGACAAGCUGAGUUUUGCAAGACAACAUUUGAGUUACUGAUUAUAUUUUUCUUCAAAUAGAGAGCAUCAUUUGGGAGGUAAUGGUAGAUGUCAAUAGUUAAUUCGUUUUUGUGCCUCCACAAACAUUCCAUAAUCAUAAACCCUGUAUAUAAUUUAAAUUCAAAAAAACCAAAAAAAAUAAAUCAUAGCUGGUUCUUAGGUUAUAACUGCCCAAUAAAUCAUCUGCAGUCAACUUUUUUGGUUCCUUGGAUAUUUGUGCUUUUAUCAUCAUCAAGCUGCAAAGUGCUAUUUAUUUUC